AAUUCCACCCUUCCCUCCCACACCUGCUUCCUACCACGCCGUCAAAACGCAAGUUUUCUGAUGUUUAAAUGCUUUCGUUAAUAUUUUUAUGUUUAUUAAACUCCACUUAUAUUGUAGUAUAACUGUUCUCACUAAAACAUACCUAUAUAGCCUGUAACUUUCAAAUAUUAGCGAGUCAACAGGGGCUGGGAACGAAUUAAAUCUAUUUCCUUUAUUUCUUAUGGAAAAACUUGUUUCGGAUAACGAACAUUUCGGAUAACGAACAGCUUUCCAGAACGGAUUAAGUUCGUUAACCGAGGUUCCACUGUAGUUAAAGAUCACAGACAUGAGACGAAACCUUUCCUGUUGAAAUAUGUUUUUCUUGAAAAAGUGAGGAUCUAUUUAUUAGAUCAGCACAAUACUGUAUCGUAAAGCAAAUGCCUGGCUAUGCUGUCACCCACUUUCCCAACUGUCAGGAUCUACAAUCUAAGGGAGACAAUGCGAUGUCCUACGCUCACUCUCUGUUCUGGUGUUAUUUCCCUUAGACCACAUUGGCGGAACCGAUGGGCUGACGAUAGAUGUUAAUUAUGUAAGCUGAAUAGCCUGCUGUCGUUCAUUCGACGGGGACACUUCGUAAAGCAGAAGCAAUAACAAAUUUUCUUUGUAAACACUGCUGUUUAUUUUUACUUAAUUUAACAUCUAGGAGAGAAUCAUCGUCAAUAACGGCGGAAAUUUUUAUCACCGAUCUGUCAAGUAUGUUUGUAAAUGCUUGAUGUGUUUGUUGUUCAAGAGAUCUACUGCUGACCUUUUGUCUUUCAAACUUCAGAACUGUCUUAUGUAUAUUGAUUUAAUUUGGAGGUAUUUCCAGCUAGCAGUGUGGCUGCUCGCUAGUACGGGCCGUUAGUGUUUGUGUGUCUUGUGGUUUCACUACAGUAACAGCUCGUGCACAGUGUUUAUAACUGUGUCAUACUGUGACCUUCACUGUCUGCUGACGCUCUAGUUCACCUACACGACACGUCUGUCUUCCGUGUUACUUACCUGGUGGCUGGCUACAAGGGUUGACACUGUGUGUGUUGACUGUGACACAAUUAAGUCACAGAAGUGCGCUGGGACAGAACGCACGGGAGGGUGAAAAAUCGCCGCUUUUUGGCCUUCCGCUCGCGACACCAUGCACCAUGCCGCUGAGCUAUCGGAAAAUAUUUUUGCCAGUCGUUGCUGUGGUAGUUGUGGUUGUAAUCUGGAUGACGUAUUUUGUUACUCGAAGGCGGAUCAUAGAUGUCGAACCCUUAAUCGUCAACCGCAAACCUAUCAACGAUGGCCUCAUGAACAUCCAGAAUAAUCGAACAUAUGACAAGCUGGCAGCCCUCAAGAGCGCCAGGUACGUCACACAGACGCCCAGAGGCAAGACUGCACCCAGCAAGGAAGCAGCUGUGACGUCACUUCCUUGGGCGCCCAGCGGAGCUUGGGUAGCGAGGCCAAAGCUAGGUAGAUGGUGGUCGGGCUUAUCUUCCUCCCACAUUGUGACCGACGAGAACUAUCUCCUGGCCUACUUCCGGCGCCACGGCAUCAUGGCGUGGGAGGGGGAGGGACUACGUGUGGAGAAAGCCACCACGCCCAUCGAGAAGUGGUACCUGGCCACGCCCCCACUCGCCGACACGGCGAUGCUGCCGAAUGAACACAACUCACAGGUUCGGAUCAUCAGUCCCAGCAGGACGUAUCACAUGGGGGACACUAUUUCGAUCCGAGUCGACCUGUUUGACAAAUGGAACCGGAUCAGACCCAUGGGUGGCGACCAGCUCCGCAUCUGGCUGACCGCAGCUCAGUCUGCAUCCUCUGUGGCCGCUGAGGUCGUCGACCUGGGAAACGGAAGCUACGUGGGGCGCUCCAUUCUGCAGUGGGAGGGGCUGACUUCCGUCAAGGUGUCCUUGACCUACCCGCGAGAAUUCCUCCGCUACCUUAUAUGGCUUCGCCAUUCUGUCCACACUCUUCGCUGGAUUUCGGCUUCUUUUGGCGACGGCGCUAACGGGACUGGGGUCACAGUUUGCUUGCCUUCUGCCCCAGUCCCUGGGUUUCCGACAACGUGUGAUCUGACAAAGCAGAAUGGCGGCUUCCCAUGGUUCUGUGGGCGCCCUCACGAUGCCCGAUGGGAUUGCAGUCAGUGGCGGGCAACGGGGAACCUAGCAGGUCCCGUCGACCCCCCAGCCAAUGAUUUAACGCUCUUUAUGAUUAGAAAAAUGAAUUCUGAACCCAUUUUACGAACUGUUGAAAAUGAGCUGAUGUUCAUCGUUCAACCAGGUCCCUCGAGCCCCAGCCUGCCGCCAUGCUGGACCCAGUCCAAAAGAAGCACGUGGACCAGCCCGGCGCCCAGAGGAUGGUUCCGGAACGGGUCCUGGCAGGGCCAGACAUGCGCAGUUCCCUCUUGGAGUGACCCUGCUGCCCUCGUGCAAAAGUGCUUACGUAAUACGAGGAUGCUGAUGCUGGGGGACUCCAACAUGCGCCUGUGGUUCGAGGCUGUGGAAGGCAUGCUGGGAUGUGACGUGGUCGUCGACAAGGAGCGAUAUCACGAACCCAAAACUUGUCACGUUCCCCGGCUGAACGCCUCCGUCAUCUACGGACCGCACGCGAUGCCCUUCAACGCGGGAACGUGGGUGGGCGUGCAGACCCUGCCGCUGACCACCGCCUUGAGGGAGAUCCCUGAUGAUGGUUCGCGCAUCGUCGUCAUCGUCCACUACUUCGUCCACCUGGCCUUCUAUCCUCUCGAUGUCUUCCGAGAUGUGGUGCGGGCGGCCUGCUGGGCCCUUCAGCUCUUUCUGCGGCAGCAUCCGUCUGCUACGGUGCUAGUACGUGGUCCGCACGUAAUGUACCGUGCCAGCAAGCACCCGAUGCACCCUGUCGAUGCCUCCGUGGCAUGGUACAUUAGCGUUCUGCGGGAGGAGUUCCGGGCCCUGUACGACAGGGUGUGGUUCCUGAACUUCGAGGACAUGACCAUCGCCUCGGAGAAUUUGAGUUCUCAUCCGCCGCAGGUGACGGUGAUGGAGAUGCUGAAGGUGUUGCUGGGAUAUAUCUGUGUGUGAGAGAGAAUAGCGGAGGGACCUCCUAGAGUGAGGAGGACAUAGCUUUGAGUGAGAGAACUCAACACGACUACCUCAAGGACUGAGAAAAGAAGAUAACAUUGGUGAAUAUGUGAUUUCAAAGAGGUCAAGGUUUCAGGAACUGUAAGUGAUACUCAGUGUCUACACAUGUUACACAGAACGCAGUACUACCUCCACUUCUCUUGUCAUCUCCCUUGUCGUUUACCUUCACUGAGGAAAGGACACUAGAAGUAUGAAGCCGCUAAUCUAAGUACUGUAAGCUCAAAGGUCAACCUGGUUUCAACAGGAAGUUAAUCUAGCAGACUACACACCUGUUGUUGUUUUAAAGAAACACACUAAAGUGUAAUUUUUUUUCUAUGUCUUUUUCGUUUUUUAUCUUUUUUUCUCUUUUUUUUCCUUUUUUUUUUUUCUUUCUUUGUUUUAUUUUUAUUUUUUUUUUUUUUGAUACAGAGAGUUGACCAAAUUUGUAAUCUCGACGUUUUUAAAGACCGCAGUCGAUACUAAUGAGACGGUUGCCCAAUCUGCGAGCCGACGCUAGUGACGUUAAAGGAAGUGAACUGUUGACCUCUUUCCAAAUUCCAGAGGACUGGGACAUUCAAAGGCCUGCAUGUCGGUAACGGAUUUCACUAUGUUUUGGAACUUUUCAUCUUUUAAUGGCCUAAACCCAGUAUCUGAAACUAAUGGCUGGCUCUGUCUGAAGCUGAUUCGACGCCAUGCUGAAAUUCGUGAGGCAAUAAUUAUCCUCUCAGUAUUAGGGGAGUCUUGCCGCCAUAUUUUCAUAUACCUCACCCCCUAUCUCCACAAACUGUUAAAGCUGCAUGAUUUAUUUGUUUGUUUGUCUUGUUUUCUGGAACUAUUUUAGUUCAGGAAUUUGAUACAAAGGAGAUAGAUGUCAAUCUGUUUAUGUUUAUACUGGUUUAUGUGACAUCACAAGAGGCUUCAACAAGUUCUGUUACAUAGAACAUUUAAUUCGUGCCGGCAGCCGUCUGCUUCAGGGUAGUUUAUUGGCCACGUAGCUGUCAGUAAAUACCGUAAAUACCGUGCGAGCAUUGCAUUAAUGCUAAAGUUUAAGAAAUCGGCUAUGACAGCAUUUUUUAAAACUUGGUGAGAUACCCUUUGGUUGGUUUGAAAUCUUGGCCCACAUUGGCCUGAGGUAGGUGAUUGUACUUCAAAUCACCUUGCACCUGAACAGUUUUCUUCCUGACCAAUCACUUCUCUCCCUCGCUCCAGCUCUGACAAUAAUGAUGAAAUUAUGUGAAAGGGUCCACGGACAGGGAGCAGCACUCACUACUUCUGGUGCGAAAUGUGUGUCUCAGCAUGUAGGGUCCAUGGACAGGUCGGGCUGCACGUGCAAGACGAGAGAGUCGAAGAGCGAGUGUCAGGUUUUUUUAAAAAAAUAUAGAAAGUUCUAAAAGAGGUGAGCUAAAACCUGAACACCUGACAAGUUUCACACCUCUCGUGUUUGUUAUUUGGGGAAAUACACUCUUUUAAAAAAAAAUUGUAGUGUUCGUGAUUGGUGUUUGUGUGUCGCUGGGGAAUGGACUAUUGGAGUGGAAAAUUCUGUUUGAAUGGUCUGGAAAAGUGAAAGCGAAGUGUGUCAUUUUUUUUAUUCCUGACUGGUAUUCUUUUGCUACUCACGAUCGUGGCUUUGCCGGGGAAGUAAGGGUAAGAUGAUUUUCAUUACUUUUAUUGCAAAGUUCAAACUUUCUCCUUUCCAAGAAUUUAAAGGUUUCUUCGUCUUAUGUUUACCCGAGAGCAGCAAUAACAAUCAAAAAAGCCUUCACCCACUUUCAUUUUAAGUCUUCAGUUAUCAGCCAGUCUUUGUAAUACUUAUACUUUUAUGUCGUGUUCAGAGGGUUGACAGUAGACAGGGCCGGCAGAUGCAGAUACAGUCUGUGUUCACAUCGAAAGAAAAACAUGUGAAUGGUUGGUUGUGCUCGUGUUUAAGUGGAGGCACGCACUUCUAGGAUGUCAAGAGGGAAAUUCCUCCCAUACAGUAUAAAAAUCCGUAUAUUAUUAAAGAUGUACUGGGGGUAACGGAUUUGAGGAGAAAUUGGUGUUUUACGCUGAGCCACCCACUUUCCGUUAUCUACAUCGUCUUUAUUGUAUCGUUCCUAACAAAGGAAAGGUAACUGUAACAAAAAGUGGAUCAGAUGAAUGAGCGCACUGACAACGUCUGAUGGCCGCUGGCGAUGAUUCUUGGAAAAGUUACUUUGUGUCUUUUUCCUAGAGAGGAUCGUUUUCGUAAGUUCCUGAUGCUCAAGA